AAAUCAUAUAAAUAUAAGUGCAUUAUGUCGAGACACUGCAGUUAACAUUGUCUCGGACGUGGAUUGAAAGUGAAAUUCAAAGUAGUAAGUUAUUAUCAGUUCUAAUCGAACAAAAUGGGUAUAUUGACAGAUAACUGGAAAAUUGAAGCAUUGACACUCGUCAUCGGAAUUUUAACAUUGAGUUAUUUUUACGCAAAACGAACGUAUUCUUAUUGGGAGCGAAGAGGAAUCAAAACCUUUCCCGGAUUUAAUUAUAUCUUCGGACACUUCAAACCAGUUUUUUCGCAACAAGAAAGUUUGGGCAGUCUCAUCACCAGACUUUACAAUUCAACAAAAGAGCCUUUCAUUGGGAUUUAUAGUAUACUACGACCGAUAUUGUUGGUGCGUGAUCCUGAGCUCGUUCGAACGAUUUUAAUAAAAGAUUUUCCCAACUUUACCGAUCGAGGCGUUCAUUGUAACGAAGGAUAUGAUCCGCUGUCGGCUCAUCUCUUUGCAUUGCCUGGACAAAAAUGGAAGAAUUUACGUGGAAAAUUGUCGCCAACAUUUACAUCGGGAAAGUUAAAAGCAAUGUUUUCCACGAUUGUCGAUUGUGGCGCCACUUUACAAAAUCAUUUGGAUAAUUUAGCGAACAAAAAUCAAUUGCUUAAUGUUCACGAAAUUUCGGCGAGUCACGCUACAAAUGUUAUUGCAUCGGUAGCAUUUGGCAUCGAUGUCGACACAAUCACAAAUCCAAAUAAUGAUUUCCGUGUUUACGGCCGUAAGGUGUUUGAAGCAAGCAUUUCGAAUUCAAUUCGAUUGUCAUUCAACUUUAUAGCACCCAAGUUAAUGAACUUACUUCGGAUUAAAUCGGUAUCACAACAAGUCGAGAAUUUUAUUUUUUCGAUUGUUAAACAGAACUUGGAGUAUCGUGAAAAUAACAAUGUCACACGGAAAGAUUUCUUUCAAUUGCUUAUUCAAUUGCGAAAUACAGGAACCGUUCAACUUGACGACCAAUGGGAAACGGUUAUCAAAGCUGACGAAAGUCAAAAGUCAAUGUCGUUGAAGGAAAUAGCCGCCCAAUCAUAUGUAUUCUACAUCGCAGGUUUCGAGACGUCAUCCACAACGCUGACAUUUUGCAUGUAUGAACUGGCCAAACAUCCAGAGAUUCAGCAACGAGUGCACAAUGAAAUCGAUCGCAUUUUAGAGAAACACAACGGAUGCAUUAACUAUGAAUCGGUCACAGAGAUGAAAUAUUUGGAAGCCUGUAUUGAUGAAACUCUUCGCCGAUAUUCGAUUGUGCCAAUUUUGAAUCGAACAUGUAUGAAUGACUAUCAAAUUCCGGGCACGAAUAAAAUCAUUGAAAAGGGCACUGAAGUAUUUAUUCCGGCAUAUGCAUUGCAAAUGGAUGAGCAAUACUAUGAGGAACCGACCAAAUUCAAACCGGAACGAUUCCUCGAAGAAGGUGCAAAAAAUCAUGUGACCAAACCUUACAUCGCCUUCGGUGAUGGACCGAGGAAUUGCAUCGGCAUGCGAAUGGGCAAAAUGCAAACAAAAGUCGGACUCGUUUUGAUGUUGCAAAAAUUCAAAUACGAAAUGGAUGCCAAACAUAUGGGCCAGGAUAUGGAAUUUGACCCGAAAUUAUUUCUGUUGUCACCACGUUUUGGCGUUCAUUUACGAGUUUUGAAACGAUAAACACACGCGAUGUAUUUCAUAUCAUUUGAAACGUUGUCAAUGUCAACAAAACACUUUUCUUUAAAUAUUCAAUUUAUCGACGAAUAAAGCUAGAAUUAUGUCACAU